AUGUCUCGAAAAGAUCUCUCCCUAAAGGAAAAAUUCGCGAUUUUAGACAAAGUGAAUAAUUUGUUGCAUAAAUUCUUCAUGCAAGAGGGUAACGAAAAUAGUCCGUCUGAUAAGCUUGAAGCGUGUGCCUAUUUUGUUAACCAGAUCCACACUAAACAGCUUAGACAACGAACAAUUCCAACGUUUUGUAUACCUUCCACAUCCAAAUAUUAA